UUUGAUGCCUACUCCACGUGUGAUGACGAGCUCGCGCACCUCGCCAGGGAUAUCAAAAGGCUGGCCCUGCCCACACAGGCCGUUAGUGCAUCUGGUUUCAUUGCAGGGAAACGCUGAGGUGGUGUAUGUUCUUGUCAAGAACGGCGGAGCUGAUAUCAACGUCGAGGAUGCCAACGGGGAAAGUCCAGGGUUGUAUUCCCUCAUAUCUAAGGACCUAGCAACGAUACGGAUGGUCAAGAGUUUGGGAGGACUUCUAUCUCUUCACAGAAACGUGUCAAUGGAAAUCAUGCGAGAGGCUGGAGUAGGGUCUUCCCUCAUUGAGCGGGGCUGGAAUCUACAAUUCAAUGCGCGCUUCCACGGCGAGCCGAGUGACGACGAGCUCACGAGCGAGAGCGAAGGUGCCAGCUUCGAUGAAGAUAACGACAAGGAAGAAAAAGCCAUUGCUAAUGCUACUGUUGACGAUGCCACGAGUGGGGAUCAUAAGGGCGUAUUCGAGUUCCAAGGUGUAACAGAGGGCAACAGUUCGUCGAGUCGAGUACCGUUUAGUUUUAUCAGCAACCAAGUACAAGUCAAGGUACCCAAGUUAUGACGAG